GGCAGCGAGAAGCCGCAGCAACCAAGGAAGCAGCUUUGCUUCCUGGCUCAACCGCCGUUGCCCUGGGAAAGCCUCUGGCUCCCUGCGUGAGCGGGGCGAAGCGGAGGCUGGGGUGGCGGGAGGCCGGCGGGGCCGGGGCGGGAGGCGAAGACUCAUGAAAUGGCCACAGAUGAUAAGCGUUCCCCAACCCUGGACUCUGCUAGUGACCUGCCUCGCUCUCCCACCAGUCCUUCUCACCUCACCCACUUUAAACCUUUGACUCCUGAGCAGGAUGAACCCCCUUUUAAGUCAGCGUAUAGUUCUUUUGUAAAUCUUUUUCGUUUUAACAAAGAGAGAGAAGGGGGCCAAGGAGAGCAGCAGUCUCCGAGUGGAAGUUGGUCCAGCCCUCAGCUCCCUGCAAGGACACAAUCUGUAAGGUCGCCUGUACCUUAUAAAAAGCAGCUUAAUGAGGAACUCCAACGGCGUGCUUCUGUAUUAGAGAACACCUUGCCCCAUACCCAGGAGAGCACAGACACUAGAAGGAAAGCAGAACCUACCUUUGGAGGUCAUGACCCUCGUACGGCUGUUCAGCUUCGAAGCCUCAGCACAGUAUUGAAACGCCUCAAGGAAAUCAUGGAAGGGAAAAGCCAGGAUAGUGACCUGAAGCAGUACUGGAUGCCAGAUAGCCAAUGUAAAGAGUGCUAUGACUGCAGUGAAAAAUUUACAACCUUUAGGCGCAGACACCAUUGCCGACUGUGCGGGCAGAUUUUCUGCAGUCGUUGUUGUAAUCAAGAAAUCCCUGGAAAGUUUAUGGGCUAUACAGGAGACCUCCGAGCUUGCACAUACUGUAGAAAAAUAGCCUUAAGUUAUGCUCAUUCCACAGACAGUAAUUCCAUUGGGGAGGAUUUAAAUGCUCUUUCAGAUUCUGCUUGCUCUGUGUCUGUACUUGAUCCAAGCGAACCCAGGACACCUGUUGGGAGUAGAAAAGCCAGCCGUAACAUAUUCUUAGAGGAUGAUUUAGCCUGGCAAAGUUUGAUUCAUCCAGACUCCUCAAAUACUGCUCUUUCAACAAGACUUGUAUCUGUUCAAGAGGAUGCUGGGAAGUCUCCUGCUCGAAACAGAUCAGCCAGCAUUACUAAUUUGUCCCUGGAUCGAUCUGGUUCUCCUAUGGUACCUUCAUAUGAGACAUCUGUCAGUCCGCAGGCUAACCGAACAUAUGUUAGGACAGAGACCACAGAGGAUGAACGCAAAAUUCUUCUGGACAGUGUUCAAUUAAAGGAUCUUUGGAAGAAAAUCUGCCAUCACAGCAGUGGAAUGGAAUUUCAGGAUCAUCGUUACUGGUUGAGAACACAUCCCAACUGCAUUGUAGGAAAGGAAUUAGUGAAUUGGCUAAUCCGAAAUGGACACAUUGCUACAAGGGCACAGGCUAUAGCAAUUGGACAAGCAAUGGUUGAUGGACGUUGGCUGGAUUGUGUUAGUCAUCAUGACCAGCUUUUCAGGGAUGAGUAUGCACUGUACAGACCACUACAGAGUACAGAAUUUUCUGAGACUCCUUCUCCGGACAGUGACUCGGUGAACUCUGUGGAAGGACACUCUGAGCCAUCCUGGUUCAAAGACAUAAAAUUUGAUGAUAGCGACACAGAACAGAUUGUUGAAGAAGGUGACGAUAAUUUGGCUAAUUCUGCCAGUCCUAGCAAGCGCACCUCAGUCAGCAGUUUCCAGUCCACAGUGGACAGUGACUCAGCCGCUUCUAUCAGCCUGAACGUGGAGCUGGACAACGUGAACUUCCAUAUCAAGAAGCCCUCCAAGUACCCACAUGUGCCCCCUCACCCUGCUGACCAAAAAGAGUACUUGAUUUCUGACACUGGAGGACAACAGCUCUCAAUCAGUGAUGCCUUCAUCAAAGAGUCCUUAUUUAAUCGUCGAGUAGAGGAAAAGUCCAAAGAACUGCCUUUCACCCCUUUGGGCUGGCAUCAUAACAACCUGGAGCUCCUGCGGGAGGAGAAUGGGGAGAAGCAGGCAAUGGAGAGGUUGCUUUCAGCUAAUCAUAAUCACAUGAUGGCACUACUCCAGCAGUUGCUUCAUGGUGACUCAUUGUCACCAUCUUGGAGGGACAUCAUUGUGUCACUGGUCUGCCAGGUUGUUCAGACAGUCCGACCUGAUGUCAAGCACCAGGAUGAUGACAUGGAUAUUCGUCAGUUUGUUCACAUAAAGAAGAUCCCAGGUGGAAAGAAGUUCGAUUCUGUGGUUGUUAAUGGCUUUGUUUGUACCAAGAACAUUGCACAUAAAAAGAUGAAUUCUUGUAUUAAAAACCCCAAAAUCCUUCUGUUGAAGUGUUCCAUUGAGUAUCUCUAUAGAGAAGAAACUAAGUUUACUUGCAUUGAUCCUAUUGUGCUUCAGGAAAGGGAAUUCUUGAAGAAUUAUGUUCAACGAAUAGUUGAUGUUCGACCCACAUUGGUUCUAGUUGAGAAAACAGUGUCUCGGAUUGCCCAGGACAUGUUACUGGAACAUGGCAUUACUCUGGUCAUUAAUGUAAAGUCACAAGUUUUAGAACGAAUCAGUCGGAUGACCCAGGGUGAUUUAGUGGUGUCUAUGGACCAGCUGCUCACAAAACCACGCCUGGGCACUUGUCACAAAUUUUAUAUGCAGAUAUUUCAGCUUCCUAAUGAACAAACCAAAACACUGAUGUUUUUUGAAGGCUGUCCACAACACCUAGGCUGUACAAUUAAGCUCAGAGGAGGCUCUGAUUAUGAACUGGCUCGAGUUAAGGAGAUCCUAAUAUUUAUGAUCUGUGUAGCUUAUCAUUCUCAAUUAGAAAUUUCCUUUCUCAUGGAUGAGUUUGCUAUGCCUCCCACAUUAAUGCAAAGCCCUUCAUUCCAUUCUCUGAUUGAGGGGCGAGGAGAAGAGGGAGCUGCUCAGGAGCAGUACAGUGGUAGCUCCCUUCCUCAGGAUCCAGAGUGCCCUCCUGAGUCUUUGUCUUCUGAUGAUAGUACUUUGCUGGAAUCAAGGAUUGUGUUUGAGAAGAGUGAGCAGGAAAAUAAAAGUGCUCCACAGACAGUUGCCUCUUUGAAGCAAGAGCAUGCCACACCAACUUGCCCAGCAGGAAUCCCCUGUGCUUUCUUUGCAUUCGUACCAGAAUCAUUGUUAUCCCUCCAUGUGGACCAACAGGAUGCUGUAGUCAAUGAACAGCCAGAGACUUUGCAGCAAACAGAUGAACAACAGGAUUCCAAAAUCCAGAUGAGAGCCUUCAGAGACCCUUUACAGGAUGAUACUGGAAUGUAUGUUACUGAGGAAGUCAUACCCUCUGAAGAUAAACGAAAGACUUACUCCUUGGCAUUUAAACAGGAAUUAAAAGAUGUGAUCCUCUGUAUCUCUCCAGUCAUCACAUUCCGAGAACCUUUCCUUUUAACUGAAAAGGGGAUGAGGUGCUCAACUCGAGAUUAUUUUCCAGAGCAGAUUUACUGGUCUCCUCUUCUCAAUAAAGAGAUGAAAGAAAUGGAGAGCAGGAGGAAGAAACAGCUGCUCAGGGAUCUUUCUGGACUUCAGGGCAUGAAUGGAAGUGUUCAGGCCAAGUCUAUUCAAGUCUUGCCCUCACAUGAACUAGUGAGCACUAGGAUUGCUGAGCAUCUGGGUGAUAGCCAGAGCUUAGGUAGAAUGCUGGCUGAUUAUCGAGCUAGAGGAGGAAGAAUUCAGUCAAAACAUUUAGACCCUUUUGCGCACUCAAAGGAUGAAUCAUGUACAUCGGGUGGUAAAUCAGGAAACAAAACUGAAGGUGAUGAGGAGAAGGGAUUGAUUCCAAGUGAUGCAGUAUGGUCAUCAAAGGUGGACUGUCUGAAUCCUGCUAACCACCAGAGACUCUGCGUGCUCUUCAGCAGCUCAUCUGCCCAAUCCAGCAAUGCUCCUAGUGCUUGUGUUAGUCCAUGGAUUGUAACAAUGGAAUUUUAUGGAAAGAAUGAUCUUACAUUAGGAAUAUUUUUAGAAAGAUACUGUUUCAGGUCUUCUUACCAGUGUCCUAGUAUGUUCUGUGAUACCCCUAUGGUGCAUCACAUUCGACGCUUUGUCCAUGGCCAAGGCUGUGUGCAGAUAAUCCUGAAGGAGUUGGAUUCCCCAGUACCUGGAUAUCAACAUACGAUUCUCACAUACUCCUGGUGCAGAAUCUGCAAACAAGUAACACCAGUUGUUGCUCUUUCCAAUGAAUCUUGGUCUAUGUCAUUUGCAAAGUACCUUGAACUUCGGUUUUAUGGGCACCAGUAUACACGUAGAGCCAAUGCUGAGCCAUGUGGCCACUCUAUCCACCAUGAUUAUCACCAGUAUUUCUCCUAUAACCAGAUGGUGGCAUCUUUCAGUUAUACUCCUAUUCGACUUCUGGAAGUAUGUGUACCACUCCCCAAAAUAUUCAUUAAACGUCAAGCCCCAUUAAAAGUGUCUCUUCUUCAGGAUCUCAAGGACUUUUUUCAGAAAGUUUCACAGGUAUACCUAGCUGUUGAUGAAAGACUUGCAUCUCUGAAAACUGAUACAUUUAGCAAAACAAGAGAGGAAAAAAUGGAAGAUAUCUUUGCACAAAAGGAGAUGGAAGAAGGUGAGUUCAAGAACUGGAUUGAAAAGAUGCAGGCAAGACUCAUGUCUUCCUCUGUAGAUACCCCUCAGCAACUGCAGUCGGUCUUUGAGUCACUCAUUGCCAAGAAACAAAGUCUCUGUGAAGUGUUACAAGCUUGGAAUAACAGGUUGCAGGACCUUUUCCAGCAGGAAAAAGGUAGAAAGAGGCCUUCAGUUCCUCCAAGUCCUGGAAGACUAAGACAAGGGGAAGAAAGCAAGAUAAGUGCAAUGGACACAUCUCCAAGGAAUAUUUCUCCAGGACUUCAAAAUGGAGAAAAAGAGGAUCGCUUCUUGACAACCCUGUCCAGCCAAAGCUCCACUAGCUCCACCCAUCUCCAGCUGCCUACUCCUCCAGAGGCCCUGGCUGAGCAGGCAAUGGGAGGGCCCCCUGACCUAGAUACAGCCAGUGGUUCUGAAGAUGUGUUUGAUGGACAUUUGCUCGGAUCCACAGACAGCCAGGUGAAGGAAAAGUCAACUAUGAAAGCCAUCUUUGCUAAUUUGCUUCCAGGAAACAGCUAUAAUCCUAUUCCAUUUCCUUUUGAUCCAGAUAAACACUAUUUAAUGUAUGAACACGAACGGGUGCCCAUUGCAGUCUGUGAGAAAGAACCCAGCUCCAUCAUUGCUUUUGCCCUCAGUUGUAAAGAAUACCGAAAUGCCUUAGAGGAAUUGUCUAAAGCAACUCUGUGGAACAGUGCUGAAGAAGGGCUUCCAACAAAUAGUACGUUAGAUAACAGACCAAAGAGUAGCAGCCCUAUUAGAUUACCUGAAAUCAGUGGAGGACAGACAACCCGCAUAGCAGAAGCAGAACCUCAGCCAACCAAAAAAGCUUCUGGAAUGUUGUCCUUCUUCAGAGGAACAGCAGGAAAAAGCCCUGAUCUCUCUUCUCAGAAGAGAGAAACCUUACGUGGUGCAGAUAGUGCUUACUAUCAGGUUGGGCAGAUCGGCAAGGAAGGGAUAGAGAAUCAAGGUAUUGAACCACAAGAUGAGAUAGACGGAGGAGAUACACAAAAGAAACAGCUCACAAAUCCUCAUGUGGAACUUCAAUUUUCCGAUGCUAAUGCCAAGUUUUACUGUCGGCUAUACUAUGCGGGAGAAUUUCAUAAGAUGCGUGAAGUGAUUCUAGGCAGCAGUGAAGAAGAUUUCAUUCGUUCCCUUUCCCAUUCAUCACCCUGGCAGGCCCGAGGAGGCAAAUCAGGAGCUGCCUUCUAUGCCACUGAAGAUGAUAGAUUCAUUUUGAAGCAAAUGCCACGUCUGGAAGUCCAGUCCUUCCUCGAUUUUGCACCACACUACUUCAGUUAUAUUACGAAUGCUGUCCAACAAAAGAGGCCCACAGCUUUGGCCAAAAUUCUUGGAGUUUACCGAAUUGGUUAUAAGAAUUCUCAGAAUAACACUGAGAAGAAGUUAGAUCUCCUUGUCAUGGAAAACCUUUUCUAUGGGAGAAAGAUGGCACAGGUUUUUGAUUUGAAGGGCUCACUUAGGAAUCGAAAUGUAAAAACUGACACUGGGAAAGAGAGUUGUGAUGUGGUCCUGCUGGAUGAAAACCUUCUCAAGAUGGUUCGAGACAACCCUCUGUACAUUCGUUCCCAUUCCAAAUCUGUUCUGAGAACCUCCAUCCAUAGUGAUGCCCAUUUCCUUUCUAGCCACCUCAUCAUAGAUUAUUCUUUGCUAGUUGGGCGAGAUGAUACUAGCAAUGAGCUGGUAGUUGGAAUCAUUGAUUAUAUUCGAACAUUUACAUGGGACAAAAAACUCGAGAUGGUUGUGAAGUCAACAGGAAUUUUAGGAGGACAAGGUAAAAUGCCAACAGUGGUCUCUCCAGAGCUGUAUAGGACUAGGUUUUGUGAAGCAAUGGAUAAGUAUUUCCUGAUGGUACCAGACCACUGGACAGGGUUGGAUCUGAAUUGUUGAAAUCAAGCGCAGAAUUUGAAAUGGACUGUGGAUGAAAGGGGUUGGAGCAAGAGCCAAAAAUAUGUGACCUAUUUCAUUUCUUCCUCACAUUUACCACUGGACACAAAGACCUUUCAGUUUUGUGACUCUUUAGACUAUAACUGCAGGGUAAAAGCUCCAUGGAUUUGCACUUUGUUUUUGAUACUUGCAAAUUAGCUACCUGCAAAUUGGAAAUUGCAUAAAGCUAAAUACAGGUUCUUUUCACAGGACUAAAAUUAGAGAUAAGUAGAUAGGGUAAAAAACUGAGUUGUCUGUCUACUGACUUAAUUGCUUAAAGAAGGAGGCACUGUCUGAUAGAUUGUGAUUACCCUGGUAUCACAUUUGACAUGUUCUUUACUGAGAAAGUAUUUGCAGAGCUGCUUGGUUUGUUUUGUCUUUCAUAUGUAGUAACUUAAUGUAUGUGAUUAUACUUUCUGAAACAUUUAGAAAAAUUUUGAUUUAUUCCAUUAAUGGCCAAUUAAGCAGAUUUGUGCUUGCUUUAUUGAGAAAUUUGAAUUAAAUUGGAAUCUUGCCAUAUUCUUUAUCCUCGCAGCUUAUCUUGUUUUUAAGUACACUUCAUGUUUUAACAUUCUGCUUUCUCUAUGGGUGAAAAGCAUCUAUAACCAUUAACUUUAAAUCUUUUUUAGAACAUUUUAAGCAGCUUGUUUAAAACUUUUGUGGAAUAUGCCAAACAGCACUUAUAUGUUCAUAUUCUAGCUUUUCUCUCAUUUUUAGGGAAACGUAGUAAGCAGUAAAAGAAUCUGCAAUCACUGAAUCCCUAAAUGAAAAAUUAAGAAUGAAGGAUGUUUUAUGGUAAAAAAAAAAAAUAGAUUAGACACAAUCUAAGAAAAUGGAUGAGAAGAAAAAAAUUGUUUUUAUAGUGCCAAAGUGUUUUUCAACACAACUAGCAGCCUAAGUGGUAUCUAUGAGAUUAAAAGCUUUCAGUGUGGAUAUUCUCAUUUUUCAGUUUUUAUACACACUGGCCGGUUCUAUUGAGAAAUGCUAAGCAAUAGUUAUUAUUCAAUAGUUAAGGAACUUUUUGUUUACUAGUUAGCAGUUUUGUUUAUCCCUUUAAAAGUGACCAGAAGUACAGAAUUUUGAACAACCACUGAAACCCCAGAAUACCAGAAUAUUUCCUCUUGGCUGCUCUCUGUAACAAGGAUAUUUGGACAUUAAUCAAGUUUUAAGUAUCCAUUUUCAGACUUUCUAUAAUAGCACAUUAAUAUUCUCAGGAAAAAAAGCUGGAUGCUUUCAGUUACAGAGAAUGUAAUAUACACCCGAGCUAGGGGCAUUUUGGCAAGUUUGCUUUAUCAAAAGAAGGCAGUGGUUUGGUAUUUGGUGACUGUUAAAAGCAUGACUAAUUUUGAACUGUUAACAAGUUGAACAUGGGCUUAUCUGCCUGAUCCUAUGCCCUGCCUGCUUUAAUUGCACCUGUGCCUUGUGAAGGUACAUCAAACACCAAGGAGUUCAGUUUUGAUAUUAAAGACUAGUAAAGCUGUUGUGCAGAGGUAAAAACUGUGAACUUUUUUGCAUCAGAAACAAAGGACUCUGUUGGAUCAGAAAUGCCAGUGCUGUUUGUUAUGUAUCCUGUACAUUUCCCAUAAGGACUGGAAAGGGGUCUCUCCCUAGCUUUGAUCAGACUGCCUCUGUUUUCUUUUUAGUUUCAGUACACGGUGUGUAGCGGGGAUGCUCCAUGGGAGUAGCUCCUGACAGUAAUGUGGCAUGUCUGUCUUCUGCCUCUGACUUGAAAAGUCAUUUUGUUUUUAAAGUACUGCUGCCUCUGGUAUUUUUGUGGCUAAGCAUUCCAAAGCAAAAGUUACUGCUGUGAAAGAUUCAUCUGUCCUUUUUAGAGUUAAUGUCUGGGCUGCCUUAUGAAAGGGGACUACACAGUUUAACUCUUUGUUAUGAGUAGUACAGCUGACUCCUUGCUGCUUCUAUUUAGGCCAUGGCAGUAUACAUACAGUGCUUGAAGUACAGUGUGUCCAAUCAGUUUUCCUCUUGAAGUCCCUUUCACAACCUAGAGAAUAGUAACACUGGAAAGUUCUAAAUGAGGAAGAAAACUCGUGCUUAGAAAUCCCUCUUUAGAAUAUAUAUGAAUCCCCAAAAUAAUUGAUAGCGACAUGAGAAAAUUUUGACAUCUUGCUUUGUGUAAAAAAUCUUAUUCAUAAAUGUGAAGCUUUUUGAUAACAUCAAAAUUUGUUUAAAAAAUAGAAAAGAUUCACUUUUUUUCUCAUAUCUUAGCCUAAGGAAAACAAGAGAAAUAAGCUAUUGUAAGGCCUUUUUGUAGUCUGUUGAGCACUUUAUAGAUUUAAAAGUUUCCUACAGAAACUUUGGUUUUCUAGCUUUUGCUUCUAUUGAGUAUUGUAAGUAGUGGGGUUGCUCAUAUUGGCAUUAGCUUGUGCGAUGCCUUGUUGACCAUCAGCCUCUUGGCAUUUUAGCCAUUUGCAGUGGGCUUCUGUGAAAGUGCUAAGGAAAGGAAUCUGCCUGUGGAAAGUUAGCUUCCUUUAAAGUGUGAAAACUGUGAGUGAGUCUGGCAAUCAAUCUGAUCAGGACAUUGAUUCUUCCUAAGUGUUAACAUACUGACUGAUGCAGUAUUAAAACCGUCUAGUGCAAUGCCUUUUUUUGUUUGUUUGUUUUUGUAAUAGGGGUACAGUGUAUUAUAGAAAAAAAAUUAUAAUGAACAGUUUUGUUAAUACUGCUUUGUCAAUUUUGUAAAAAAAAUGUAUAUAUGUCUUUUAACAGGUUGGAUUUUAAACUAUAGAAAUAACAUUGUAAACCACAAUAGCCUCCUAAUUUAAUAUGAAAAACUCAAUAUUGAAAGUACUUAAUGUAUUAUAAUGUAUAUAUUUCUCUACUUUGGUUCCAGCUGUUUUAUAUGAUUGACAUGUUAUUUAAAAGAUAACUACCCUAAACUUUUAGAGGCUUGUACUGUAAAUAAAGGGGACUUAAAAUAAACUGGAAUUUACUUA